UAUAUUUCUUUCUACAACACCAACCACAAACAAAAAAGAAUAACCCAAAUAUAAAAAUCAACAAGAUGAAGAAGAGAUGUGAGUUAUGCAAAUCUAGAGCUAGAAUCCACUGUGAUUCAGACAGAGCUAGCUUAUGCUGGACAUGCGACGCAAGAGUCCAUUCAGCAAAUUUCCUUGUAGCAAGGCAUUCAAGAAUCCUUCUUUGCCAAAUUUGCCAAUCUUUUACCCCAUGGCGUGCGUCGGGCGAUAAGCUUUGUCCAUCUACGGCUUCUAUAUGUGCUACUUGUGUUGUUGAAGGUCAUGUGCCCAAUAUUAAUGAGGAUCUUAUUGAUGUCCUCAACGAUUCGGAGCACAGUUUGUCACAGUCGUCGUCCUUGUUUCAGCCACCUCCAUUGACGAGUUCUUCUAGCAGUGACGAGAUUUUGACCCGAGACCGAACCGUGUUGGUGAAGCGAAAGCGUCGGAAGGUUCGAGAUCUUAAUCGUGAGUACGUGAAGGAUAGUUCAUCGGCUAAAUCUAAUUCAACGCCAUCAGCCUCGGGGACAACCUUCGAGAAUAUCAAGAGAAUCCGUAACCGGAAUAGGUCAUUCGACGAUAAUAUAACUGUGGAAGAAGAAGUACAUGGCAAUUGUAAAUCGGCUACAAUGUUAGAUCUGGACUUAAAUGCGUCGCCAUAGAGUCGAUGUGUUUUCCUAUUAGAGAAAUUAGUUAAGUAUAUAUAUGUGUAUUGGUAUUCUCUUGCAAUACAUAGAGGCUAUGAAAAUUAGUAAUGUUAGAUUUAAUUGACAUACAAUGGUUUAAAUUGGGCUUGUAAGCGUUAGAUUACGUAGUUACACUUUUGGUUGAACAAACGUGUUUGAUAAUUGAAUUGUAUUUUCGGAAAA